AUGGAUAGUGCCCAGAACCUGCCGGAGAAACUGUCGCCAGUUGAUACGUCGACGACUACUCGUGACUCGGAUCAAGGCCUUCCAGCGCUUAAAGACUACCUGGGCCACGAGUUUGAUAUCAACAAUCUACGACAAAUUCUACCCCAAAAACCACGUCCUUUCAUACCGGGCCUGUUUGUACCGGGGAUCUCGGUCCUCUAUCUUGACGGCCUACCCAUUCGAACCUACAAUAUUUGCGGUAUAUCAUACAACAUGCAGCAACCUCCUAACGAGACGAGGAGCUCCGUCAGUAGGUUCACCAUCGACAGGAGGUGCAUCAAAUACUCGCUAGAAGUCGUGCAACAGCCAGAAAAAGCUCGAGCAUGUGGAUCUGGACCCAGAUCAUCAAAUGACCGGAGACCAGUAGACCCACCUCCGGUCGUUGAACUGAAGGUGUUUAUCAAUGAUGUCGACACCACGAUGCAGUAUGAUGCCACCUUCAUGCUCUAUGCCAGUUUGGAAGUUGCUCGGCCGAUAGCAGGGGGUAAAAUGCACGUCCCGCCCGCUAUUCCCGUAUUGGCCGGUGUCACAAUAGCCAGUGCCGCUUAUCUGGAAAAGCCGAAACGAGCCGCCUACUUCAUCUUUCCAGAUCUAUCCGUCAGACACGAAGGCUGGUAUCGGCUGAGGUUCUCACUGUUCGAGGGGGUGAAACACGACCAGGAUGCCGAUAUCGGAAAGCCGUUUAACCGCACCGAGAGGGACGGGGAUAACUUGACGGCGCCUGUCCGUCACGAAGGCGUCUUCAAUCGGAUGGAAGUCCUGUCCACUCCAUUCCAGGUCUACAGCGCCAAGAAAUUCCCAGGACUCAAUCAGAGCACGGCUCUAAGUAUGAUGGUCGCCGACCAAGGCUGCAGAGUCAGGAUUCGGAGAGACGUCCGGCAGAGAAAGCGACGUCAGAAGUCUGGAGGCGAAGGCGAUGACGCUCCGAGCUCCUACCAAGGCACUCCCCAACCCACCUAUCGCAACCUCGACCACUCCAGAUCAGUCAGUCGCAAUAGCAUUGGCACACAGCACGAGAAUGAGUUACAAAAUCGAGAUCCCGCCGAAGCCCUCUGGGCUCGCCAGGACGCUGCAAUGCGGGCGCGACUGUUGGCUUCCAACCACUCGUCGAUAGCGGCACCUAGUGCAGUACUACCUUCACCUACCACAUCGAUGCCCCCACCUCCUGUAUACAAUCCAGCUCCUGCACGAAGGCCAUCAUUCGACAAUCGGCCUAAGCCAAUGCUCACUAUGCCGAUCCCCCGACCCUCGCAGCCUUCCUCUGCUUUGCCCAACUAG